UAUUCUGAAUGACGUCAUUAAAUCGACAGCUGGGCCGAAUGUAGCAUCUUCCAAACUGGAACAUAUUUCAACUGCAGAUGACAGCUCGCUGACGAAAAACGAAUAAAGAAUUUUCUAAACCUGAAUUUUAUUAGCUGUAAUCUCCAUUUAUAAGCCGCCAUGGCAGAACGGGAGCCAAUCAGCGGUUCCAGCCGCGACUACGGGGCGACGGCCGCGCCGCCUACCGUCGCCUUUGCGGACUUCAGUCCCACGGAGCUCUACAACCUGAGCGAGGGCAUAGCGGAUAAUGUCAACUCUAUCAACUCUGGGUUGAAGACGCUCGAGAAGAUGAAGAAUAAGGUCGGCGGGCCGAAUGAUAGUGUGCAGUUGAGAGAGAAAAUCCACGACACGCAACAGAGCGUCAACUCGGUAGUCUCCACGGCGGCGCGCGCGCUGGCCCGUCUGGGCGUGGUGGUCCGGCGCGGGGACAAGCCACAGAAGCUACAGCUGGAGCGGCUCACACAGGCCUUCAGGGACGCGCUCACACGCUACAGCGCAGUGCAGAAGGAGCUGUCAGCCAAGAUGGCGGCCCACAUGCCGAAACAGCCUCGUCCCAAGAUGGACCCUCAGGCGAUGAUGGAGCAGCAAGCCAUGGCUGAUGAUGAGGAGGCCACCCUGCUUGCGAAUCAACAGGCUCAGGCCCGUCUAGUCCAGUUCGAGACCUCCAUGCUGCUAGAGAAAGAGGCGUACAUAAACAAGAUAGAAGCGGACGUGUUGGACGUGAACCAGAUCAUGCAGGAAUUAGCUGGCAUGGUGCAGGCGCAGGCGCAGGCUGUGGACACAGUUGAGAGUCACAUCGAGGCGACGGCAGCCAACGUAGAAUCUGGAGUCGACGAACUAGCAAAGGCAGAAGAACAUCAACGGAGGUAUCGGCGAAAAAUGUUCAUUCUAAGCAUCAUAGGAAUCAUCCUCGCCAUAAUAUUCAUCGUGUGGGUCGUCAAAGCCUUCAGAUAAUAGGCUUUGAGGGCGAAAAUGGAACAUCUAACUCUUCUUACUCUAUGGUAUGCUGGGGAAAAGACUUGAAAGGUUUGCGAAAGCCGAUUUUACGUGGUUAGUAAUAGAGUGCAUUAUUGAUCUGGGAUGUUGAAGAUGGGAUUAUAUAUCUGAUGGUAUUGUAUCCCUUGGAAUGACCUUUGUAUCCCGUUUAAGGUAAGUAUCCAUCUAUUGGUAUCGUACGAAUCGGACGAAACGGAUUUUCAUAAAUGUAUUCAGAAACGGGGUCAG